AUGGCGACCGUGUGGCGUUCCCAGAGCGCGUUCGCUCGAAUUUUUGCUGGAAAAAGCGGGUUGAUCCUGAACAACACUGCGGAUUUGGGUGCUAAACUUAAUCCGGCUUCAAUAUCGACGUUGAAAAAACAUUACUCAAACUAUGCUCACUCUCCUUUCGUCAGAAAAAUCCAAGAACAAUAUGAAUUUGAGAUUAUAAAGAAUCCACCGGAAUGGGAAUAUGUUCAGAGACUUUUACCGUUCGAAAGUAUUCCAAAAAUCACACCGAAAGCGGCUUACCCCUCUGGAUGGAUUCCACAAAAGGAAGAAGCCAGUAAUUUACCUUACUUUAUUGAGAGGAACAAGAAUCAGGACUUAUCCAUUUACCUCGAUAUAUCAUAUAGAGGAAUGAGAAAAAUUUCUAAAAUAAAAAAAAUCGAGGGCGAUAUUUGGUUAAUGAAUGAUGAUGUAAAAGAUUUUUUGAAGAAAAGAUAUAAGCGUUACAUUGAAACUCGAGUUCACGAGUUAGGGAAGUUCAUCGAGGUAAAAGGAGACUAUGUAAACGCUCUAAACGAAUGGGCCUAUAGUAAAGGUUUUUAA